GAAACAACUUCGUCUAUUUCUGCAAAUAGUUAGUUAUCAAAUAUAAACAACUUGCGAGUAAAAAAUACGGGAUAAACAAUAAUGGCUUUAAAGAUGUUAAUUGGUAAUCGAAAUAGUGCAAUAAAUUCAAUGCUCUUCACAACUUGUCGCCUUUAUUGCAGCGGCGUUAAAGAUAAACUUGAAAAUCUAGUAAAAAAAUCUAAGGUUGUUGUAUUUAUGAAAGGCAUUCCUGAAAAUCCUCGAUGCGGUUUCAGUAAUGCUGUUGUACAGGUUCUCCGCAUGCAUGGUGUGGAAUAUGACAGCUACAAUGUUCUUGAUGAUGAAAGCUUAAGACAAGGAAUUAAAGAAUUUUCUAAUUGGCCAACAAUACCGCAAGUGUUUAUAAAUGGAGAGUUUGUUGGUGGUUGUGAUAUUUUGCUGCAGAUGCAUCAAAAUGGAGAACUCAUAGAAGAAUUGAAAAAAGUGAAUAUCACAUCUGCUCUAUUAAAAAAUGAAAAUACUUAAUAGAAGCUCGAUGUUUUAUAGAUUGGCACCAUUUCUAAGAUGAAGGAAAGAAAGAAGCAAUUGUAUGCAUUCUUUGAUGACCUGAAUCAGUGAAGAUUAAUUGUUGUAAAGUAGCAAACUGAUGGGUUUUUUUGUUUGUUUGUUCUAUUUUGUUAGAAUAAAAUAAAAUAAAGAUUUUUUUUUGAAAAAUUU